AGGAAACCAAACAAGUAACUCCACAAGAUGAAGGUGCUGUCUGUCAAAUCUGCCAUAAAACAAAAUUUGCUGAUGGUGUUGGGCAUAGUUGUCACUACUGUCACCUGAAAUCAUGUGCCAGAUGUGGUGGCAGAAUUACAAUGCGUGGGAAUAAGCCUGUACCUGUGAGUGGCAAGGAAGUCAAAGAUCUCAGUGGUCAAAACGUCACUGUAAUAUGGUCAUGCAAUUUAUGUCGUAAAAAGCAAGAGAUUUUAGCAAAAACUGGGGCUUGGUAUCAUGGCGGUAUGGCACGACCUGUUGCUCUUGAUGUCGGUGAUACCGCUUCUGGUAGUGAAACAGCUUCUACAAAAACAGAUGUCAGCCCACCGAAUGAAAAGAAAGCAAAGAUUUUAGCAAAACAACAAACUGACAAUGGGGCUAGUUCUGAAAAAGAAAAUAUUGAUAAAAAGUCUGUUUCUCGAUCAGGGAGUUUACAAAACCGUGGUUUAAAGCGUCAGUAUUCAUUGUCUGAAGUCCAAGGAAAUAAGCAAAAUGAUUUGAAAGAUCGACCAACAGAUAAUACCAGUGGAACUAUUGUAUCUGAGAAAGAAAAACUUCGAGAAAAAGGUCAGUUGCAAGACCGUGGCAGAGAUGUAGAACGUGGACCAUCUGCUCGAGGAAGCAAUGUUGAAGGCUCAAAACAUCAUGAUGGAAAAGUACAUUCAAGAGAGGAAUCUGCCAGGCGUUAUGAUAAGCGUUCAGACAGAGAUAAAUCACACGAAAAAGAUGAAAGGAUUAGGGAGAAACAUCAAGGACGUUUCAGGGAAGGUUCUACUGAUAGAUUUAAUGAUGAAAAACGUGUAGAUCAUUCUGGACGAGAAACUGGAGAUCAUUACCAUGAAAGAGAUCAACGAAAACCUAGGGAUUCAUCUCGAGAACCAUCGAGAGAUAGAUUAAAAGGUUCAAAAGAGUCUCUUUCAUCCCGAAGUCAUCGCACUGACCGAGCCGACAGAUCUGAACGAGUUGCUGACCGCAAUGAGAGGGUUGACCGUACAGCAGAGCCACAUGAGGACUGGAUGGCAGACAGACACCGUGAGGGGGAUCGCCGUCGAGGUAGAAUUAAUUUGGAAUCCGAACAUUACCAGGACCCUGUUUUAAAUAAUCAAGAUUAUCACGAGACAGAUACAAGGCAAUCUAGAGAGCCUCGCCAAAAAGAUGGUUAUGAAGAAGAACAGUGGAAAAAUGUUGAUUCUUCUAGUGGCCAUCAUGGACGACGAAAUGCUACACGUCACCAGAGAGAUCAUCAACGUGCCGAUCAAAAUAAAGAUCAUCCCCAAGAAGCUGUUAGAGGCCACAGAGAUUCAUUGAAUAAAAGAGAUCAUAUUAGGGAACAUCCAGCACAUUCUAGAGAUCAUCGUGGAGAAUUACAAAGAGAAUUACCAAGGGAGCAGCACCAAAGAGAGCGAAAAGACCAUAUUACAGAUUCAAAAGAUAGUCGAUCCCCGAGUCGUGAUCGUGAACGGACUCGUGGUUCGAAGGGAGAUAAAUACAGCUCAUAUAUCACCGAUCAAUCAUCAAUUCAGGUAGUAAGUACAGGGCACCAUGAUAGAGAAGCGUCAGAGAUUGAACAUAGAGGUGAAACUGAUAGAUAUUUUGAUAGAAAACAACAUUUGGAUCCUAAUUCAGCUGCAAAUAAAAGUUCUAGAACUAACCGCCGCAAAGUUGAAAGUAUGUUACGCAAUGAUUCUCUGAGUUCUGACCCGUCUGACUGCGUCAGGCCACCUCCACCUAAGCCGCAUAAACAUAAGAAAGGUAAAAAACAAAGACAGCAGUCGAUUAGUAGUUCUGAUGACGAAAUCCGAUCAACUCCAGAAUGUUCUAGUUGUGAAGAGCCUGAUAUGGAAAGUGAAAGUGUUAGUGAAAAAGCUGCUUUCUAUUGGAGUCAGAAAGGGGAACCAGAAGGUGUUGCUACUGCCACUGCAUUGGGAGCUCAAUAUAAUAGUCGUGUAUCUGCAAGUGUGUCAUGUAGUGGCAGUUGGCCUCCUGCAAGUGUAUCUCACGCAACAAGUGUCAGCAGUGGUGCUGUUUGCAGUACCAAUUCUAAGCUUGUCAUGCAGCAGCCAAAAUUUAAACGACAUAUUGGUUUACUUGGGGAAAGUCAGAGCACGGAGGACACAGAGAGUGGAAGCUCUGAACCAACACUAAUAAAAGAUUCCGGCAUUGACACUGGUUUGUCCAGUAGUAAUCAGACAAUUUAUGAAGAUCAUGCCAAGCAUCCUGUAACAUGGCAGCGAUCUGCUAAUGGACGCUAUUACAUUGGUCACAUGAUCUUGAAGAAAACAGUUCUUGAAGGAACUGGUUCCAGAGAUUCUAGUGCAAUUUUAGUUUGUCUGGAAAGGCCGAGGCAAAAGCGCAGGUCAAAAGAAUGGGAAGGAAGCUUCAAAGCAAGUUUAAAAGUUGUUGGUGGUCGAAUGACAGAAAAAGGUCAACUUGGUGCAUUCAUUACAAAAGUAAAAAAAGGCAGCAUAGCAGAUACUGUAGGCCACUUGCGGGCAGGAGAUGAAGUUGUGGAAUGGAAUGGACGAUCAUUGCGUGAAGCCACAUUUGAAGAAGUGUAUGACAUCAUUUUUGAAACCAAACACGAACCUCAAGUAGAGCUAAUUGUACAUAGAAAUGCAAAAACUGGUGAGAUUCCUCCUGGAUUGCAGCAAAUUGAGCCUUCAGGUAGAGAUUAUAGUUCAAAAGAUGGUCUCAUGACUCGUCCCAGUGUCAUGGUCACUUCCCCUGGAUCACCGAGUGCCUCAGGAAAGCGGGUCCAUUCACCGCAAAUUACCGGAAAAAUUCAAAUUCGAAUGUGGUAUGAUGAUAGUCGUUGUGAAUUGUCAAUUUGCAUUGUCAGUGCCCUGGACCUACUUCCUUCAGCAGAUGGCAAACUGCGCAACCCAUACUGUAAGCUGUAUUUACUUCCUGACAAAAGUGAGAAAACUAAGAGACGCACAAAAACAAUUCCCAACACCAAUGACCCAACGUGGAACCAAACAUUUGUCUAUGUUGCUGGUAAAGAAUCACACUUCAAACAAAGAUUAUUAGAAAUUACAGUAUGGGAUUAUGACAGACUUGGUGCGAGUGAAUUUCUUGGAGAAGUAAUAAUUGAUUUAUCUCGAGCCAAUUUUAAGGAUGAUCCUCUGUGGUAUCCACUACGGCAGCAGGAUGAAUCUAAUAUUCAACUGCCCACAUCUUCCUCACGCACAAAAAGUAGCCAUGAUCCUGGUGAUAUUCAAAAGGUUCAUCUUUCCCCACCUGUUGGCUCUCGGGGUUUCAGUGACAGUGAUAUGUCAGAAUUUGAUUAUGAUGACAGUUUUCAAACAGGUGCUGCUCUUUUAGAAAGGAUGGGUGGAAGCAGCAUCAGCUCUCUGAGUAGCGCCAUCAGUGCAGCACACCUCAAUGAGGAUUAUUCUGAGAUUAUGGAUGGCAGGUGCAAAUCUCGCAGAGAUCGUGGGGUUGGAUCACCAACUACCAGACGGCGCAGUGGGACAGUUAUUGCCAGAGAUGAACUUGAUGAUCACCGCAAACAUAGCCAUCCUGAAGGGGGAUCCCUUGUUGUUCCUGAGAAAGGAACACGACAGAGAUCUCGGUCACCGGUUGAAGAUAUGAAUCAUGGAUCCUCUCGGACUACUCGAUCUCCAGCCCGUCACCAAGUGCCUGAGACAUUGUCAAGGUCAUUAUCUCCCCAUAGUUCCAGACAAAAUCGUGGUAUGUCCCCUAUACGAGUGCUACCUACCACAUCACGGUCUGCUGGAGGCACACCUUCAAGUACACCCUCUCCAAAGAAACGACAGUUACCUUCAAUACCAAUUGAAGCACAGAUUGCCAGUAGAGAUCGAGUAACACAAGAUUUAGAGGAACGUGCUAGACAAAUGAAACUAAAAAUGAAAAUAAAUGCUCAACAUAGGCAUGGAACUGCCAAUCACGGUGCUCCAUCUUCAGAUAGUGAAAUUGCACAUCAUCAUCAUCGUAGUCGGUUGCGGGAUGGAGAUUACAGACAUGAUCGUUACGACAUUCAUGGUUAUCAUAGCCGUGGCCGAGAUUUAGAAAGAGGACACAGAUCUAGGAGAAGAAAAGAAUUCAGUCCUGAUGUGUCUGAUGACAAUCUGCCCAGUGAUGCUUCAGAAACUAGUGAUAUGUCGGAGGUGUCAAAAGUCAGCACCAUCAGUAUGCGAUCAACACAAUCUGAACGACCUCAUAGGAAAUUUAGCGAAUUCACAUCUAAGAUGGAAAGUCGAACAACAAUUCCGAAGAGGCAGAUUAUUCGAAGCCCAAGUUCCGAAAGUUCAAGCUUUGAACGGAAUGAUGGAAGCAUUUCGGAUUCUGCUGUAUCUUCCAGUGUCAUAGAAGGUAGGAAACGACGGCCAAGCCUCGGUCACAAGGUAGCAGCAUUUGUUGGGCUUUCCCGACGAAGUAGUAGUGCUGUGCAGCUAGCAGAAACAAACAAAAAGAAGGGUUCUGUUAUACGCAGCGAGGAAGUUGGUGGCGGGCUUGAAAUGAGAAGUCGAUUAGCUAAACAGAGCAGCCGUGAUUCUACUGAUGGCAGUAUGGGUAGCAUCAGCAGCAUUGAAUCAUCAGUAAUGUGGUUGCCUCCAAGCCACUAUGGUGACUUUGUGGAAGGUUUGGGCCCUUCACAACUUGUUGGGAGACAGGUACUUGGGGCUCCAUGUCUGGGAGAAAUUCAGCUUGGCCUUUAUGAUCGAAAAGGCCACUUAGAAGUUGAAGUAAUUAGAGCUCGUGGCCUAAUGGCUAAGCCUGGUGCCAAAGUUUUACCUGCUCCCUAUGUGAAAGUCUAUUUAAUCCAGGCCAAACAUACAGUAGAGAAGCAGAAGACCACUAUUGCAAGGAGGACAUUAGAUCCUCUAUAUCAGCAACAAUUAGUUUUUAAUGAAUCUUACCAAGGAAGGGUUUUGCAGGUUACUGUGUGGGGAGACUACAGUCGAACAGAUAGGAAAGUAUUCAUGGGAGUUGCACAAAUAGUAUUGGAUGAACUAGAUUUAUCAAACAUUGUGAUUGGCUGGUACAAAUUAUUUCCAACAUCAUCAUUAGUAGGACAUCAUUCUGGACCAUCCUCUGCAUCAUCACCUCAUACGAGGAAAAGUUCAGCAUCUUCAUUAGAAACCCUUAGUACUGCCACAUCUUGGACUCAGUGAAUCCAAAAAUACUAUACAUAUGGACAAGUAUGUUUGUGUGCGAAUAACAUACAAAGUUAUUCAAAAUGUGCAUAUAGAUUCAUGAUUGAUUGAUUGAUAUAUAUAUAUAUAUAUAUAUAUAUAUAUAUAUAGAUAUAUGUUAUAUAUGUAUAUAUACAGAUAUAUACGUAAGACUUGUUUCUUUCAAAGAAUUCAUUUUUUUUUUCUUGCCUACUUUGAUUAGGAAACAUUAAAUUCAUAAUUGUUAAAGAUAUGAUAUGGCUACCACCAAAUGUCUUAUAUUUAAGCUAAAUUCUACAUGCCACCAAAUGUAUGUGCUGAAACAUUACGGAUCAAUGUUGCAUGUCAAAAGAACAUUAAUUACUGCAAUUAGAAAAAUUAAUUCCAAAUUUACUAUACAUUUUAUUGUAUGAAAAUUCUUUCAUUCUUGAAUUAUUGAUCUUUGUAAUUCUUGUUGAAAUUUUGGACCAAUGUUUUUCUUAUUCAAAAGUGAUUUGAGAUCAUUUUUUUUUUCUAGUAAAUAAUCCUAUCUUUUUUUUUUUCACGUAAUAUUGUAAAGGUGAUUCAAACCAUCAUUUUCAUUUUUGAUUAUUAUUGUUAGAAUAAUUCCUAAAGAACGUCUAUUUCAUGAUUAAAUGGAUUUAAAAUGUCAAGUUGAUUCUUCAGAUGUAUCAUAUUUGAAGAACAUUUUGUCCUCCAGUAUUCUAUAGUGUAAGUAAUAUAUAUGAUUUACAAUUGGUAAUAAGUUUUACAAAAAUUAGUUAUUGUUAGUAAAACUAUAACUUAGUGUAAUUUCUAUCAUAUCUCUCACACACAUGCAUAAUAAUUUGCAUUCAUAAGAACAAAUUACGUCUAAGAACUAUAAACUAAUUUAAGAUAAAAUAUGAAAUAUUUAAUCUUCAUAAAGAAUAAACUUAAAUUAAGGAGACAUUGUUAAUUGUCUGGAAUAACAUGAAUCUAGUUAUUCCAGCCUGCAACAUUUUAUACAAUAGUUCCUGCACAUUAUUAUUAUCUACAUAUAUGUCAGAUAUACUGACUUUUAAUAAGAAGGGAAGUUCGCUGUCAUAGCUUGUGAGGGAUCAUUGCAGGUAAAGCAUUUAUUGAAUUUUCAGUGAAGAGUAUAUAGGAAUGAGUCUUAGGUACCUUCUGUAGAUGCAAAGGAGGACUUGAGCUUAGUCCUGAAAGCUAACAAAACAUUUGCUAGUUAUACGGUGCCCUCACAACUUACAGAAAAUGAACAUACCUAUUCUUAUUUACAGCUCAGUAGUCUGGACAUGCAAAAGUGGAUAGUACCUAGUGCCGUGGAUAGUUAAGGAAGGUGCACAGCUGCUGAGGAGACUCCAAGUAGAAGUGAAAUGUGCAGCAUAUAUGAGACUGCUCCUUCUUUCACCAUUCAUGAUCAUACUGUGUAUAUAGACAUGUUUACAUUCAUCGUAACCUAUAAUGUUGGCUAAAAAUCUAUAGAUAUGUUCUAUAGUACAUUUUAGCAAUGAAAUGGGAAACUGUUAAUCCAGCAGUAAUUUAAUAUUGUAAAUAUGUUUGUGUGUGUGGAGAACAGCUAUACUUUUAAGUAUGUAUUAUUGAAUACAGGACUAUGGCUCUAAUUUUAACAUUUUGUUUUCUGUAUUUCCUUUAUAUCUUUUUGUUACGAACAAAAAAUUUCCUGCGUCCAUCAGUUUUGAAGUUUUCCUGGUCUUAUCAUCUCUAUGAGGACAAUGUAAAUUAUUUUAAUGGUGGUGGUUGUUAUUGUUGUUUUAUUGUAGACAGGAGCUAUGAGAAUGCUGUUGUCAUUUUCUUAUUUGUUAUCAGUGGACUUUAAAAAAGAAAUUUCACAUUGUCAAUAACAAAUGAUUCCUGUCUGGAGUAAAAUGGCAUUAAUAAUCUCUACUUAAAUCAGUUUCUGGAGGAUAAGGCCAAGAUCUUAAAAGUCUGGUAGACCUUGGAAGUAUUUUGUUCCUAAGGAAGGGAUAAAUAAGGAAACAGGAAAAUUUCUAAAUCAAAAGUUACAAACUAGACACAGUCAUGUAUGUAUACAUAUGCUUAUAUAGCUAGAUAGAUAGAUAUAGAUAUAUAAUACAGCCAAUUUACUCUGUAAAGUGGUUGGUAAUAGAAAGGGCAUUCAGUCAUAAAAAUGCCAAAAAUGAAACAUACAAAUUAGAUAUAAUUCCCAGCAUGUCUCCAAAUAAGAACUUGCUUGGUCAGUGACAACCUGUCCAAUUCGUGCCAGCAUGGAAAAGAGAUGUAAAAAUAGUGAUGAUUAUGACAUGAUGAUAACUUAAAUCGGCUUACAUAAGCAGCAAGUAGCUUAUUAAAAGUUAUCCUCUUUUACAAGCAUGAGUUUAUGAGACAUUUAAAUCAUUUUAUUCAUUGUCUAACAGUGAAUAGAUAAAACUACAUCUGAUUUCUGUAUGCAUUGAAAUUAAGUUCUGUUUUAGUUAAAAUUUAAGAAAUAUAUAACUCACAAAGUUCAUUUAGGUUAGUAAAAGUAUUUU